AUGGGUCAUCAUUACGAAACUCAGAAGGAGCCGCCGUCGGUGGAAAUAAAAUGCCGAUUGGAGAAUACGCUUGCGUUUGUAAUACCACCAUCGAAGGAAGCGCAGAUAGUUGUUAUUAUUGAAGAUAACUCGCCUAAAUCGAUACUAAACUUUGUAUUGGUAAAACCGGGCAAUGAAAGCGGGGAAAUUAAUACACCAUCAGGCAACCAUACCUUAUGGACGGCAGUUAUGAACAGUGACGGGAGACCGUCAUUUUGGAAAAAAAAUCGAUACAUUCAAUCGUGGACAACUUUACCCCCUACAGCGAACAAGACCUAUGUCGCUUCACCCACUUUUCGAUUUGACAAGUAUGAACCAGGCUCAAGCGAUAUUGAUGCAGAAUUGGUCUGGAAUACUACGGAUCCGACGGAUAUGUGCUUUGAGGUAUUUAACCGCUGUGAAUCUUACCAGCCAGGAAAUGCAUUCAAAUUAAGCAUACGACCAAAUCAGCGCCGAUUGGUGGCGCUGAAAGACUUACCUCUGGACGACAUUUGCACCAUUACAAUCCUGGGAAAGUAUGGGAGAACGGAUUUUGAUUACCAAACACCAUCUUGUCAUGACAUUCCCGGUUGCCUGCCUAUUCCAGAUAAAAUAGAAAAUAUUAGUGUGUCAGUGACAGAAAUGAGUUCAGAAUCUUGGAGCGUUCACGUACAAUGGUUGAAGCCAAUACACCCUCCCAAUUACUACAUCGUGACUUUGCGGGCUGAAAAUGAUUAUGAGCAAAACGUUACAGGGUCUGCGUCAGAAGUGACAUUCCCGGAUGUCCACGAGGAGGGCAGGUACUACGUGUCCGUGUUCGCAUUCACGGAGAGCGGGAAAUCCGGGAACGGAAUACACGACUUCUUCCCACUUCACGAAGAGCAUGCUUCAGUGAGUUUGCUGGUGGGAGCGUGGGCUGCCGUCGCUGUCAUGUCUGUUGCAUUUGUUGUGGCUUUUGUGUGGUGGAAACGGUACAGAGACAUCAAGAAGAGGAAUAUGUACUUCCCGGGCCUUACGGAAAAGACGAAAGAGAGCGACGCGGAAUCCGAGUCAGUGUGGGAGGACGGGUGGGAGGUGCGCGCCGAGCGCGUGGUGUUGCACGAGCUGGUGGGCGAGGGCGCGUUCGGCGUCGUGCGCCGCGCCACGCUCGCGCCUGACAAUAGGGACGUCGCGGUCAAGAUGCUCAAGGAUUUCCCAUCUGUGGAAGAAAUUCGUUCUUUCCGCGCUGAAAUGGAACUAAUGAAGAGUGUUGGAAGUCAUCCGCAUAUCGUGAGCCUGGUGGGAUGCUGCAGAGGCAGAAAACCUUUCAUCAUUGCUGAGUACUGUAGUCGGGGAGACUUGCUUACUUAUCUCAGAUGUUCCUGGGACCUAAUGGUUACAAAGCGCAACGCUAAAUACUACAACAAUAACAAAGAAUUCGACUAUCGAGACGAUAUUAAAUACAAGCGAGACUCCAGGCUCGUGAUCAACAGACUGUACGACCUUCAAGGAGUCUGCGACACAGAGCUCACUGUACUUGACCUUCUUUCGUUUUGCCGACAAAUCGCUAUGGGCAUGGAGUUUCUAUCAUCCAACAGAGUUGUCCAUAGAGAUUUGGCAGCAAGGAAUAUAUUGGUGACUGCUGAUAGAACGCUGAAGAUCGCCGACUUUGGACUCUCUAGAGAUAUAUACCAGGACAACCAGUACAAGCAGAAGGGUAAUGGAAAGAUGCCCGUGAAGUGGAUGGCGCUAGAGUCCUUGACGCAUAGGAUAUACACGACGCAAAGUGAUGUGUGGUCGUUCGGCGUGGUGAUGUGGGAAGUUGUGACGGUGGGCGGCGCGCCGUACGCGGCGGUGAGCGCCGCGCGCCUGCCGCGCCUUCUGCGCGCCGGAUACCGCAUGCCGCGCCCGCCCAACUGCUCGCCGCUGCUGUACGAGGUGAUGCUGUCAUGCUGGCACGCGCGGCCUCGCUCGCGGCCCACGUUCGGCGAGCUGCACGCGCGGCUGGACGAGCUGCUGUGCGCGGGCGCGCGGCACUACCUGGAGCUGGCGCGGCCCGACGACGAGCCGCCGCCCUCGCCCACGCCGCAGCGGUACGUGCGCAUGAUUGUGAGAGGAAAAUGGCCGUGGUCGAAGCGAAGCUACAACAGGUCGAACACAGCAAACAAUUAUUCGCCUGCAGGUUAUAAGCUAUCUAACUCUCUACAAACUGACUAA